GGCGAGCAAAGAUCCUCCAGUAUCUCUGGCGGCGAGGGGGAGAGGUGGGCGACAGGAAGGGUCAUAGUGCUAUUAAUACAAAACGCUCACAAGUCCCGUCCAGACAUCAUGUGGCCUAUUUUAUGGACUGCCAUCCGUGUAUAUGCUCCCUACAUAACCUUUCCUUUGGCUUUCGUGGUUGGGGCAGUGGGCUACAACAUAGAGUGGUUUAUUCGUGGGAACCAACAGCCACCAGUUCAAAAGGAGAGCAUUUUUGAAUUGCGUGAAGAAAGGAGACUUGCUGAGAUUGCUAAUAAAGAUUGCACAGAGGUCUUAAGUUUAAAAGAUAAACUGGAGUUUGCACCAAGGGCUGUGCUAAAUCGGAAUCGGCCAGAAUCAGCCAGUCGUAGCUAGCCCAUGACAAUUGAUGCAAUGAUGCAGCAACUUGCCUCUGAAGUACAUACAACUUCUGAAGAUCACUCGUUGAGCAAUGUCAUUGAGUUUGAACAUCUGCCUUCUUGAGUUGCAGUACAUGGUGAAAAUUCCAGACUUUCAUUCAUUCUCCAGAAGCUGAGAACCAAGAAUCUCCUGCGGUUGUGUGUUCAACUGAAUCGCUUUCUUGAUCACAUGACCACUGACCCUUACUCUUGGCUUAGAAUUUAAAUCCCUUGAAUGGCUCUUUUUUUCUUUUGAUUUGAAAUAUCAGAAUUCAUGGUUGCUUGUGAAUCUAAUUAAAAUGCAUUGCAGAUGAAUGAGAUUAAAGUUCUGUUGGCAUGAAGCCCUGACUGAACAAAGUCGUAUCAACUUUGAAAAGUUUUGACAAACACAUAACAUUUUUGCUUGAGACCUUUGUUUAGAAAAAAUGUCUUUAGCAUAAAUUAUUUCUCCACAAACAUUAAAGAAAAUGCUUGCAA